AUGCCCAACGAAACAAUUCAGGAGGUGGCUGUCUUGCAGCAGCCAGCGCACCUGGAGGAGCAGCAGCGUGACGCGCCGCCAUUGUCGGCGCACGAACAGCCCAGCGCCAGCUGCAGCGUGCGUUGCUUCAGCGAAGUCACACCGUCCGAUGGCCGCUUGGACUUCCAAAUCAUUGAUCUAGGGCGGCAGCUGUACGUGUGGGUGGCGGUUGGCGGCGCGAAGAUGAGCAACCUAAGUUUCAGCAUCCAAGCGCCCCAG